GGAGGAGGAGGAGCCGCCGAGUCGAGGCCUCUUCCGACGCCGCUGCCCUUGCAGGUCCGCCGGUUGCUGCUGCGCGCAGGUCCCCGUCGCCGGCGCCGCCUGUCCAUCGCCGGCGUUGCCAUGGGCGAGCAACGGGAGCGCCCUGCGUCGUGCGGCGCUGCUAGGCCGCAGGGGGACGAGAGAUUGUUGCCGCCUUCAGGUGAGACUGAGGAUGGCUUAAAAUCGGACGAAGAGCCUCUUUUAAGGAAAAACCCUCGCCGGUUUGUCAUCUUCCCCAUCCAGUAUCCAGACAUUUGGAAAAUGUACAAGCAGGCGCAAGCUUCCUUCUGGACAGCGGAAGAGGUUGACUUAUCAAAGGAUCUUCCUCACUGGAACAAACUGAAAAAUGAAGAAAAAUACUUUAUUUCACAUAUCUUGGCUUUUUUUGCAGCCAGCGAUGGAAUUGUGAACGAAAACCUGGUGGAACGUUUUAGUCAGGAAGUGCAGAUCCCAGAAGCUCGCUGUUUCUAUGGCUUCCAAAUACUAAUAGAAAAUGUUCACUCAGAGAUGUACAGUUUAUUAAUAGACACUUAUAUCAAGGAUCCUGAGAAAAGGGACUUCUUAUUUAACGCUAUUGAAACAAUGCCGUGCGUUAAGAGGAAAGCUGACUGGGCGCUGAGGUGGAUAAGAGACAGGGAAGCCACUUUUGGCGAGAGAGUGGUUGCUUUUGCUGCCGUCGAAGGGAUCUUCUUCUCUGGUUCUUUUGCGGCUAUAUUUUGGCUGAAGAAAAGAGGACUUAUGCCGGGGCUCACUUUCUCCAAUGAACUCAUUAGCCGAGAUGAAGGACUCCAUUGUAAUUUUGCUUGCCUAAUGUUUCAGUAUUUAGUGAAUAAACCUUCGGAAGAAAGAGUCAGAGAGAUUGUUGUCAAUGCAGUUGAAAUUGAACAGGAGUUUUUGACAGAGGCCUUGCCAGUUGGCUUAAUUGGAAUGAAUUGCACUCUGAUGAAACAAUAUAUUGAGUUUGUAGCAGAUCGGUUACUUCUGGAACUGGGCUUCUCCAAGGUCUUUCAAGCAGAAAACCCUUUUGACUUCAUGGAGAACAUCUCACUGGAAGGAAAAACCAAUUUCUUUGAAAAGAGGGUAUCGGAGUAUCAGCGUUUCGCAGUUAUGGCUGACACCAACGAUAACGUUUUUACUCUGGAUGCUGACUUCUAGGACUGCCUUCUUCAGAAGACGAGUGUUGCAAAAAAUGUUCACGUGCCACUUACCUGAUUGAAAAGCUGCUAUUUCUUCUACUGGAAGUAGAGGGUUCUGGGAACAUUUUUUCAUGUUUCCACACAUGAUGAAGUUUUUUAUAGGACAUAUUUAUUGCAGGUGGUGAUGUAAAUGGUUGUGUGCGUGUGUGGGUCCUCUUUACCAAAAGUUCCUUUGAUAAUUCAUGCACCUUUUCUACUUAACAGUCUUUGAGUAAUACAAUUGUGGCAUUUGUGUACGCCUCAAUUUGCUGUUUUGUGUAGAGCAGUAAGGCUGCAGUCCUCAAAAUGGCCCAUGCCACCUUAGGAUGCUGUGUAAGUGCUGCUCAGUGGGUGGAGAGGAGUUCCACUGGCAGAACAGUUCUUGCACUCCCGGUGCACCCCUAAAAUUCUCUGUUAGUGUACACGUAGCGUUGAAGAUGUGUUGCGGUAGGGCUUGAAACGGGGUAGAUUGCAGCAGGCCUUCGGAUCUGCAGGAUCAAAUGGCCGCACAGAAAUAUAACCUUACUAAGCCAAGAUAUGCACAAGCCUUUUACAUAUACAAGCAGUUCCUUCCCUCGUUCCUGAGCUAUGAUUAAAGCAGGUCAGCUCUAAUUAACCAUGGUUCCCUGUUUGGUUUGAAUGGGAAGCUAGAACUACCUUGCUUCUGAAUAAGCCAGGGUAUUAAACCAUAUACUGAAGUUGGUUUGAUAACCCGUCUUGUUUCAAGGCAGGUAACUGAAGUUUCUCGGUUUCAAUGAGACAGGAAGAUGUGGCUUUCUUGGGUUAAUUGUGGCUCCAGCAGACAGGUUUCAUGUGCAAGCAGAAGGCUCAUAGCUGUGAUCAUCUGAACUAGACCAGUCCUUCAGAGGAGCCAGCAGAGAUUGCUCCAGGAUCAUUCCUCCCUGUAUCAAAUGGGACAGAAAGCAAGCUUGAAGAUUGUCUUCUGAUCUGUAUCCAAAGCCAGCUGGUAUUUUGCAAAGUCAAAGUCUUAUGACUUUCCUUCUGCAGUUAGCCAGGAUAUGGACUGAAGGCAUGUAAGGCAGUUAGCUUUUUGAAGCUAAGAAAAAAGUAAUAAUAAAUAGGUGUGGGUCUUGUCCAGGGCAUGGAUAAGCAACCACUUGGAUACUUCAUGUAUGUCACAUUUUGCUCUUGGAAGGAAAAGUGGGGAACCUAAAUAACACCAAGAGCCAAAGGCAAUAGAUGUUCUUAGUGCUCAGUUGAAAUCAGGGUGCCUGUAACCUUGGCAUGUUGUUUUGCCAUUUUGCCUGUGCCUUUAAAGGGGUGCAGGCAUACAAGCAGCUCCCCUGACUAAGAACAGCAGCUAUACAGAAGUAGUGGUAUGAAAUGGAAAAGGGUGCAAGUAGAGCAUACAAUUAACGAGUGCUCAGUUCAGUUGGAGGUGAAUUCAUGUCGUAUGUCAACAUACCCCUGGGCUGGCUUAGUUGGUAGAACAUGAGAGUCUUAAUUCCUGUCUUGUGGGUUCGAGCCCCAUGUUGGGCAAAAAGAUUCCUGCAUUGCAGGGGGUUGGACUAGAUGAUCCUUGUGGUUCCUUCCAACUACAAUUCUCCUAUGACAUAAAGAUUUGCAGACCAUGGCAGAGCUAUAGUUGUAGCACUGGUGACUGCAUUAACUGUUGUCAUCACAUUUCAAAAUACAGUAGUGGGGCUAUACCAGUGUGGACAGUUAGACUAAAUUGCCCUUGGAGAGGCAGAAGGCCCUAGUGGGUAGUGUUUUGGAUAGAAACUGUGGAGGUCUGGGGUCAAAUCACAUUUCAGCAGUGAAACUCACUAGGUGACCUUGGGACAGUCACACACACAAAACUUUCCGCUGCACCUACCUUGCAGGGUUCUUGUGAUAAUUUUGGGCAGUGGGUGUCAUGCUUGUAGCUUUGAGUUCCUUGAAGAGAGGACACGGAAGGAGUAAAUAAGAAAAAUAAGCAAUUACUUCUACAGGUCAGGGAAGGGUGGGUUUCCUUCCCUGGUUUAAGAUUAUUUCAUUUUAACCUCAAUAGAGGUUUGUGUCAAUUCAACUAUUUUUGCAACGAAACAUGGUUUGAAUUCAUGUAACUUAUAAAGAACUUAUAAAGAACGUUUGGGUGUACUUCAGAAAAGGAGUAUGACGACUGGCUGUUUUAACAGUUCAUUGGCACUUUAUUUUCUUCAGAAACCACAAUUCUGCUUACUCAAAGCAAGUCCAGUCUCUGCCAUACCAUAGCAUAUUUCAGGAGGAUUAAUUCUAGAACCUAAAGACUUCUGGCCAGAAACUUUGGCCAUCUGUUUACUGUAACUUCUGACUGCAUGAGUGCUGUGUAGUUGACUAUGUGUCCUAUAAUAUCUCUUGAGUAGACUUCACAAUACAGUAUCAGAAUUGGUUUGUUUUUUUUAUGCAACUUAUCUUCCUUAUACAGCAUGUAAGCAUCAAAGCCAGAAACUGGCUGGCCACAGUAGCGAAUGGAAAGAGAGAAAAGUUGAGGUUGAAUAUCUGAAAAGGUUUCUAUAAAGCCAACUCUACUUGAUGAAUAAUCGAGUCCAUUUUGCUUUUAAUAUUUCUUAGCCCUUUUGCCGUUGCCAAGGGCAUUGCAGUCUUUGUCCCCAAUUCAGUUUUAGUCAAUCUAGUGACUGUACAUAAGGAUGGGUAUUCCUAUUUGAAUAAGCACUUCCGGAUGGUUCAAUGGAUCCCAGGUCAUAAUUGCAGUGCGAAUGGCCAAAUGUUCAGAGGUCUUCACAAGGAUGCAAAUCAAUUACGUUGCUGGAUCCAGGCAUUCACAACGCAUCUUAGAACAGACCUGUGUGAGAGCUAGUUAUUCCUUUGGUCUUCCAGGGCCUACAGCAAAUGAAUAAAACAUAACACAAGAUGGAUUAUAUAGAAACUUCCACUUCAGGACAGAGCCUGUCAUUUUUGAAAUGCCUGCAAGCAGCUUCACCUGCUCAUUCCUGUGAGCCAGGUGUAUUCUCACAACACGUUUGCAGGUGUUGGAGAGUGUCCUGCGACCAAAGAAAUUAAUAAGGGCCCUCAGUCUGUGAGGAGGACAGAUGUACUAAAGGGGGACAGAAGAAAAAGCUUCCUGGUUUGGUCUUCCUUUUGUUUAGAAAAAUAUACAGCGGCACAAAUAAAAUUUGCUGGAACAGCCUC